AUGACGUCACCAGAGCAGAGAGACCCCAGGAAUACUGGUGUCAACUGCGGGGGGCUAUACUAUCAGACGCAGAAUGGUGGUAGGUGUGGAGUGUGUGGUGACCCAGUGGGAGGGCCUUUCAAACACGAAAUUCCAGGACCGAAUGUGAAAACGUACAAACAGAGCGAGACAAUCAACGUCGAACUAGUUAUAACGGCCAAACACAUGGGCUGGCACGAGUUUCGCAUCUGCAAAAACGACGACAAGACCAGGGUGACACACGAAUGUAUGGAUAAGAACCUCCUGGUUAUACCACUGAAGGAUGGAACUACCGUCACUCGUAUAUUUGAACCAGAUGAUGGACGUUUCGUCAGCUCGACUAUGUACCCGUUCGUGGGCAGUGGGUCCACUUUAGUAGUACCGGUCAAGUUACCGCCAAAUCUGACCUGUGACCAUUGUGUGUUCCAGUGGAAGUGGCACUGUGGUAACAAUUGGGGUCCAGGAGGGAAAGGGACGGGACCACAGGAGGAGUUUUUUGGUUGUGCCGACAUCGCAAUAGAGGGCACUGCAGCUCCACCGACCACGACAACCCUGCUUCCUCCUCUGCCAACUCUGGAACAACCUGCAGACCAGGGACAUCAAAUGAAGAUGGGGUGUUGGUUCACCAGCUGGGCACAGCACAGACCAGGAAGGGGGCAGUUCCUCCCAGCCGAUAUUGACCCCGCCCUCUGCACCCAUAUAUACUAUGCAUUCGCCAAGAUAAAUUAUGACGGAACUCGUUAA